UUUGCGGCCACCCCUGCACGCCCCACUGCACGCCCCACAUCCACGGCCCACUGCACGGCCCACUGCACGGCCCACUGCACGGCACCUCGAAGGUGUUCAGCGCCAUGCGCACAAUUCACGGCGAUGCUGGCCCUAGCCGAAGACGGAGGCAUGGGUCUUCGCCGCUGAUGCUCUUCGCGGGUGCAGUUGUGGUGGGCAGCGUUUCCGCGAUCGUGGUUCUCGCCAAGCGGCCAGGCCACCGAAUAGCAGAGGGCUGGCUCCCCUGGCCGGAGGGCGAGCGCUCUUUUUACGUCACCGAGGAUCGCCAUGAGCACGGCCAGUGCUACGAGGCCUGUGCCGCCCUCUCUUUUCAGUCGGCGCCCGCGUGCAUUGGCUCGGACGCAGCAGCCACCUUUGUCGCCAACACCGUAAUGGCCGAUUUCACACGCCGAGACUAUGGGUACUCAGGGCCCUACCUCUGGAUUGGUCACUACCAGUGGCCCAACGACCGCGGCGCGGCGGUCGGAUGGAAGCCGUCGACCGCAGGCUGCGACGGCAGCUACUCCAAAUGGCUUCCUGGCGAGCCGGACGACCUGUUUGCGAUGCAAGACUGCGCCGCCAUCGACCCGAACGGCGGGUGGAGGGACGAGUUCUGCCACCGCAGGUAUCGCUGCCUCUGCGAGCGGGGUGUGCUGCCGGGCGACGACGCCGUCGAAGAGGAGCUAUCACACCUGGCAGGCAGCGGCAGCGCGAGCGCGCGGCGGGGCCUGUUUGGCCUGCUCGCUUACUUUGUUAGUUGCGGCGGCAUGACGAUCGACAGCGCAUAG